AUGCUUUUCGCGAGAACGGGGGGAGGGUUAUUGUUGGCCGAGGUGUGCCCUCGCGGUGUCAUGCUGCUUCACCGGAAGCAUCUUGCUCGCGAGCGGCGGCGACGGCGACGAGCCGGGCCAAAAAUAGAAACUUGGUUCUCGUACUCGAGGGUUUUGGGCCUGGGAGUUGAGAGGGGGCACGUCGAGCAGAGACUCUCCGGUUCGGGGUACACGGCCUCCUCCUCCUCGUUCACGCAGCCUGCGCUGAGGCUUAUCGUCGAGAGAUGCCGACUUCGCUCGUAUAAGUCAGCCCACGUCUCGAGAGACUGCCGUUGGAGAUUCUUAAAAAAUUGCCGUCGCCCCUCCAUCUAG